AUGCACUUUGGCAGUAAACAAAACAACAACCCGAGUUAUUAUGCAAAGACAAUAACGAUGCUCGAGAAAGUAUGGCUCAAAAAAGGAAGCUUCAUGAGACGAAUUUACGAUGAUAUGCCAUUUCCCAUAGACUUCAACGUUUACUUAUUCAAUAUCACAAAUCCAGAUGAAGUUGCUUCAGGAGAACUUCCAAAGCUACAGGAAGUUGGACCUUAUAGAUUUAGAGAAUGGAAAAAGCGAAUCGAUCAGUCAGAAGAUAAUGCUGAGGAUUCUCUUACUUAUACUUUGAUCGAUAGGUUUGAACUAAUAGAUUCAAAUGGGUUGACAGGGCAGGAAACUAUCGUGAUGCCUCAUAUGAUUAUCAUGAGCACCCUUGUCCUUAUCAAAAAAGAUCGUGAACCAAUGUUACCUCUUGUAUCGAAAGCAUUGGAAACGAUCUUCAAGGAUCCCAAUAUGAUCUUCAUGACAGCGACAGCGAUGGAUAUUAUGUUCAAUGGGCUACUGAUCAAAUGUGACAGUGAAGAUUUUGGCGCGAAAGCGUUUUGUGUAGCUUUGGAGACAGAAGCUAAGGGUCUUGAAAUGUUAGGCGAUAGGAAGUUUGCUUUUUCAUUAUUUGGUUUGAUGCUAACAACUUGUAUGGUAAUAGAUAUUUGUCGAAGUCUUGGACCUCAUUACUUGAGAAAAUCUAAAGUAACGGGAAUACCAACAGGACUCUAUUCUGUAGACUUUACAAUUGAUAAGAACAACUCUGAGGAAUUGUGUUACUGUAGCGAUCCUCCUGAUGAAUGCCCGGAGGAUGGAACAAUGGAUCUUCAACCAUGUUUAAAUGCUCCAAUUGUAGCUACAAAACCUUACUUUUUGGGAGCUCCUGAGUCGUACAGUUCGAAGAUGAAUUUGAAUCCAUUGCCUCAUAAACAUGACAUUAUUGUUCAUUUGGAUCCAGUUUGUUUCUUUACAAUCAAUUUCAAACAAAAAAUUUAA